GUCAGUGGGAAUGGCGAGUGUUUCAUCAACUGUAAAUAGCUGGUCUGAAAACCUGAACCCUCCACAACUUGUGAGGGAUUUGGGUUUACAAAAUCAUUAUCCUCACAAACUGUCACUGACGUCCAUGCGGGAGGUAUCCUGGGGUAAACGGGACGACAACAAACCAACUCGGCCAGAAGAUCUCCCUUGGCGAUUUCUCCAAAUGAUCCUCUCAGCUAAAUCACUGGCGAGGAAUCCUGAAUGGCCCCCUGCUCAGUCCUUGGAAAACAAGAAAGAUGAUGUAGAAGAUUUCAACGAUUUAUUAGAAGUGAAAGAUCCAGGAGAUUCCAAGAUUAACCCUCUGGAUAUCAUUGCUGCCAUUUUCCUCUGUGCCGACCACUCUCUCCAGCAGGAAUUGAUGCUGAAGAUGUCUCUGUGCCAACUUGCAUUACCCUUUCUGCUACCGGAAGGGCACAGUUACCCCAGGUACAAGGUGAGGGGACCCAUGGAAGGGCCUGGUGCCACCCUUCUCCUCUGGGCCAUGAGGCCCAUUGUUAAAAUGUGGGGCCCACAAUCUCCCACAGGGAACAGCCCCGUUGUGGAGAUGCCCAUCGUGACAGCAACCGUGCCAACUGUCUCCUUCCUCAGACUCGGAAGGUGCACGGUGUCCAAAUCCAGACUCCUCAAUCUCACCUUGAGCCAGACCCAGCUGCAGCAGAACAUCUUCCUGCACUCCGGGAUGGAAUGUGGGAAUGUGCCCCGUGGGAUAUCGGAUGGGAUGGCUGAGAUCAGCUGGUAUCUACCUUCUGGGAAGAGCAACACGGACAUUUUCCCGGAGGCUGCUGCAUUCAUCAACCUCCGAGGCGAUGCUGAAACUUACCAGGGACACACUCGGUUUCUGGCAAAAGUCUCUGCUGCUCUCUUUAUUUUCAUUGAUGUUAUCGGUGAGAAGGAAAGAGAAUUCCUCAUCUCUCUCGCUCAGUCACCGGCAAAACUCUUUCUGAUAGUGAACACUCCCAUCAGUGAGCAGCACAUCACCCCUGAGCAGAACUUCGUUCUCAGAUACAACAAGUGA